GCUGACUCUUUAUGCUGAGAGCCAAGGCCUUUUUUCUUGCUCUUCCCUCUUCGCGCUCACUCGCCAAGUUUACCUUGUGCUCUUCCUUGGCGGACUAGCUAACUGUUGACUGCACAGAGUCAUCAUAUCAGCGAAUAUGUCUCAGGAAACGCCCUCCAAGACUUAUGGUCAAGCCCACACAGACCUCGAACGUGACGACUCGAAGUCCGUAGGUGCAUCAGGCUCCGACUCGUCUCCCGCCACCAACGGGCCUAUCGCAGAAGAACGCAAGUCUGGCGCGGAACGUAUCGAGGCUCUGUACACCGUCUUUGACAAAAAGAACGGAGCCUCGAUAUGGCUGCUUUACUUGAGUUUGGGGCUGUUCUUCUAUGCGUACAGUUUGGCGAGCAAUACGGUCAGCAAUUACCUCGCGUUUGCGACGAGUGCGUUUGGCGAGCAUUCGGUGUUGAGUACGAUCUCGACGAUGGUUUAUAUUAUCGGUGCUGUUGGAAAGCCUUUCGUGGCCCAACUUGCCGAUAUAACUUCCCGUCCGGUCGCCUACGCCUUCUCUCUCGUCCUUUACACUCUUGGAUUCAUAGUCGUUGCGGCUGCUCCGAACGUGGCCGCUCUUGCCGCAGGAGAACUUCUUUACGCCAUCGGAGGCGUCGGGCUGACGCUCGUCACAUCGCUCAUUGUGGCUGAUCUCAGUCCGUUGGAAUGGAGAGGAUUUAUCACGGCCUUGCCUGAUAUGCCUUAUAUCAUCAAUGCUUAUGUCUCCGGUUUCAUUACGGAUGGCCUUGGUGAGGAUGGAUGGCGUUGGGGUUACGGAAUGUUCGCCAUCAUAAUGCCCGUCGUUAUGGCCCCUGCCCUCAUGGUCCUCUUCUGGGCCGACCUCAAAGCCAAGCAACAUGGUAUCGCCUCAGGUCUCACCCGCGCCCAUUUGCACGAGAAGAAGUCCGUCUGGCAACACACAAAAGAUUUCUGCAUUGCGAUCGACGCGUUCGGGUUGAUCCUGUUGGGUUUUAGUUGGACUUUGGCUUUGUUGCCGUUCACGUUGAAGAGUACGGCGGCUGGAGGAUACAAGAAUCCAUCUUUGAUUGCGAUGUUUGCCACCGGAGGGGUUCUCUUCUUUGUGUUCAUUGCGUAUGAGAAGUUUUACACUUCGCACCCGGUUCUUCCCGCAAGGAUCUUGAACAAAGUCUUCAUCCUGGGUGUCAUCAUCGAUAUGUUCUUUUACAUCGCUGGCGAGCUGCGUGGGACGUAUUAUUCCAGUUGGACUUAUGUUGUCACCGAUUGGACACUCUACGAAUGGACGAUAUUCUCCAACACCGAAACAGUUGGACUUUGCGUCUUCGGCCUGAUUGCAGGCCUGAUCCAGAGGGCAACGCACAGGUUCAAGUGGCUGCAAGUGUCCGGUCUUUGCAUAUACAUCAUCGGCAUAGGCAUCACACUCUACGCUCGCGGUGACCACGCCACUUCCGUUGCCCUCGCGUGGACUCAAAUCCUCAUCGCCAUGGGAGGCGCCUGCUCUGUCGUUGGUACCCGUGUCGCCACUCAAGCUUCCGUACCGCAUGAGGAUCUGGCCGUCGUGAUCGCAAAUCUGGCGCUGUGGACUAAGUUGGGAGGCGCAAUGGGAGUUGCCAUCGCUGGUGGUGUAUGGAGUGGAACGAUGCCUUCGAACCUCUCCAAGAAUCUCACACCUCUUGGGGUUUCUUCCGCCACGAUUACCAAGAUCUACGGAUCUAUCAAGACCGCGAAGACGCAGUCGGACGACAUAAGGGCUGCUGUUAUCACCGCAUACGACGAAACCGUCAAGCCGCUCUAUAUCGCCGCUCUUGUUCUCGCUUUUGUUCCACUUAUCGCCGCCCUCCUCACAACGAACUACUACCUCGGCAAGACACAAAAUGCUGUCGAUGGGAAGCUGCACGCCAUGUAUCGCGAGGGUGGGAGCGAGGAACAUGCUGAGGGCGAGUUUGUUCAGGAGAAGAAGUAAGGUAUGGAGCUUGCGGUAAGAUCUCUGUGGUAAGGCAAUGACGAGACGACAGAGAAGCCUGGUCUAGAGGAACGGAGAGCACCAGACGAUUUCUUUUACGAUUUAGGCCUUUUUGCCCUCAUGUGUACUGACGAUGACGGUGACUUCUUUGACUCGGUGUUAUUUACACAUCCCCAAAAUGUGAUACCUUCUUUAUCCUGAC